GGAGAUAUAAGUCUCUGUCCUAAAUUUGGGGAUACGAGAAAGGUCGCAACAAAAUUCAAUCGCCGUUGGAGAUGCUCCAUCGCAUCAGUUGCCACGUCCCCGCCGUGGCGGACGUCUUCUCCGACGCCGACGUUAAGAACGCGAGGUGGAGCUGGCUCCGGCGCUCUCUGUACGCGCUCAUGCUCCUCUCCCUCUCAUACUUCGCCUACUUCGCUUUAUUCUCCCGGAACAGUGUCGACGGCGACCUCUUGCGAUGCCCGUUUUGCGAGCCUCUUCCUCCUCCUCCUGCGCCCGCCGCCGCCAUUGCCACUCGUUCGCCGACUACUCUCGCCCACAUUGUCUUCCUCAUCGGCGCGUCCAACGCCACGUGGGGGAAGCGCCGGGUGUACACCAGCCUGUGGUGGCGGCCGGGGGCAAUGCGUGGUCACGUCUGGCUCGACGAGGAGCCCUCCGGCCACUGGCGCCCGGCCUGGCCACCCUACCGCGUGCUGAGGCCGAACGUGGCGCGGUUCGGCAAGGAACACGCCGCCGCGGCGCGGAUGGUGCAGGCGGUGGUCGAGGCCUACGAAACGGCCGAGGCCGCGAGGCGGGAAGAGGGCGCCAGCGAGGUGCGCUGGCUGGUCAUGGGCGACGACGACACGGUGUUCUUCCCGGAGAACCUGGUGGCCGUGCUGGACAAGUACGACCACCGGGAGAUGUACUACGUCGGGUCGUCCUCCGAGAGCGUGGGCCAGAACGUGGCGCACUCGUACAGCAUGGCGUUCGGCGGCGGCGGGUACGCCAUCAGCUACCCGGCCGCCGCGGCGCUCUCCAGGAUCAUGGACGGCUGCCUCGACCGCUACAAUGACCUGUACGGCAGUGAUCACCGCGUGCAGGCCUGCCUCGCCGAGAUCGGCGUGCCGCUGACCAGAGAGCCCGGUUUCCACCAGCUGGACCUGAAGGGCCACGUGUACGGCCUCCUCGCGGCGCACCCGGUCGCGCCACUGGUGUCGCUGCACCACGUCGACCGCCUCAAUCCGAUCUCCCCGAACUCGCUCAAGCGACUGCACGCGGUCAGGUCCCUCGUCGAUGCGUCCCGCCGCGACCCGACCCGCACGCUGCAGCAGUCCAUCUGCUACUGGCGCUCGCGCAAUCGGUUCACCCUCUCCGUGUCCGUCUCCUGGGGCUACAUGGUCCACCUCUACCCGUCCGCCGUCCCGCCGCACGAGCUGCAGACGCCGCUCCGCACGUUCCGCGCAUGGUCCGGGUCGCCGGAGGGGCCGUUCACGGUGAACACGAGGAACGCGACGGCGCUGCCGUGCCACCGGCAGCCCAUCAUGUUCUACCUGGACCGUGUCACGGAGGAGCCAUCGGCCCCGGCCCCGGCCGCCGGGCAGAACUGGACGCUGACGGAGUACGUGCCGGAGGUGGUGAGCAGCGACUCCUGCAACGGCCCCGGCUUCGACGCGGCCGCAAAGGUGCAGACGAUCCAGGUGCUCGCGCUCAAGAUGGACCCUGCCAUUUGGAAGCGGGCUCCACGGAGGCAAUGUUGCAAAGCGCAGAGCGCGAAGGAGGACGCUUUGCUCGUCAAGAUAUACGAGUGUAAACCCAAUGAGGCAGCUGCAAUGGUAUAGGAAAAUUACCAGCUGUAUCCAUUUGAUUUCGUUCGUUUACUUGUGUGGUACUAGUAGGAAGUGUCCUGUUUUGUCUCGUUUACGCAGCCUCGAUGCGGGCGAACUGCUGAACGAGACCUCUGUGGUCGCAGUAUCAUCGAUUCGUCUGGAAACGAGAAGAUAUACGGAAUAUAUUUAGAAAACUUAUCUAUCCUUUUGUUCUUUUGUCAGAGAAUGUCCAUGUUAUAGCAGCUUCGUUAGA